CCGGAGACGCUGGCGGCGGUGGCGGAGUGGAGCUGAACGUAGGGAGGGGACGGGCGGGCGGCCGGCAGCGCCGAGGCAGUGAGUCACCUGACCGCCGCUUGCAGCCUGCAGUCUGGCCGCGCCGCGCCUCGGCUCCGGUCGGUGACAGUUAGAAGCAUGCUUUCCACUGCUCUCCCUGAUCCCGUCUGCCACCCAGGAUGUCUGUGAGUGAGAGCGCAGUGUUUGCCUAUGAGUCCUCCGUGCACAGCACCAACGUCUUGCUCAGCCUCAAUGACCAGCGGAAGAAGGAUGUGCUGUGUGAUGUCACUGUCGUGGUGGAGGGCCAGCAGUUCCGAGCCCACCGCUCGGUGCUGGCUGCGUGCAGCAGCUACUUCCACUCGAGAAUCGUAGGCCAGACUGAUGCUGAGCUCACCAUCACACUGCCUGAAGAGGUGACGGUUAAAGGAUUUGAACCUUUGAUUCAGUUUGCCUACACCGCCAAGCUCAUCCUAAGCAAGGACAACGUCGAUGAGGUGUGCAGGUGUGCAGAGUUCCUGAGCGUGCACAAUAUCGAGGAGUCCUGCUUUCAGUUCCUCAAGUUUAAGUUUCUGGACUCCACCGCGGAGCAGCAGGAAUGUGCAAGGAAAAAAUGCUUCUCCCCCCACUGUCAGAAAGCAGACUUUAAAAUCUCACUUUCAGACCAGAAAGAUCUAGAAAUCGUUGAAGCAGAGGAGUACUUGGAAAAGAAAAAUAUUCAGGCCCCUCAGUGUGACCCCCAAAGGUGUCAGGGCAAUGUGAAAGCAUUGCCCUCUCUCCAAGACAGUGCCAGUCAGACGUGCCAGGCCAUGUGCUUGGAGAAGGCAUUGCCAUCUUUGUGUCCCAAGUACAGAAAAUUCCAGAAAGCGUUUGGAACUGACAAGAUCCGUACUCUAGAAUGUGGCAUCAAAGAUGUCCAUGCUGCUUCCGUCCAACCAAACGAGACGUCUGAACUCGAGUGUUUGGGGGGAGCACAAGGCUGUGCAGAUUUACAAGUGAUUUUAAAAUGUGAAGGAGCGAAGCCAGCCAUGGAGAGUGAGGAGACAAAGCGCAAAGACCCCACCCCUCAGUGCCCCGCGGUGCAGCCAGAAGCGGCUCCUUUCCCUCACAGUUCUGCAGACCCUCACGGGCUCUAUUCCCUGCCACUCUUACAUGCGUAUGACCAGUCAGGUGACUUGGGCUUUGCUGGGGUGCAAAGCAAAACAGUGAAAGCAGAGAAACCUUUGUCAGCUCCAGAUGUCCAGGAAGAGAAACCGUUCGGUGAAAAUCAGGAUUUAUACCUGAAAUCUGAGACGGGCCCCAAAGAAGACUGCAGCAGCCUUGCGUCUGGUGAUCGCAGUAGCGUGGAGAGGGAGGUGGCAGAGCACCUGGCCAAAGGCUUCUGGAGUGACAUUUGCAGCACGGACUCGACCUGCCAAAUGCAGUUGUCACCUGCUGCGGCCAAAGAGGGCUCCGAACAGGGCUUCUCGCAAAGGCGGUCCGAGUGUCCCUGGUUGGGUAUCAGGAUCAGCGAGAGCCCAGAGCCAGGCCAGCGGACCUUCACAACUCUCAGUUCUGUCAGCUGCCCCUUUAUAAGUACUCUGAGUUCCGAAGGCUGCUCGAGCAGCUUGGAAAUCGGAAACUACGAUUACGUGGCGGAGCCUCCGCAGGAGCCUUGUCCGUACACUUGCGUGAUCAGCCUGGGCGAUGAAUCUGAGACUGACACAGAAGGUGACAGUGAGUCCUGUUCUGCCAGGGAGCAGGAAUGUGAGGUAAAACUGCCAUUUAAUGCUCAGCGAAUAAUCUCGCUGUCACGGAAUGACUUCCAGUCCUUGUUGAAGAUGCACAAGCUGACCCCCGAGCAGCUGGACUGUAUCCAUGACAUCCGCAGGAGGAGUAAGAACAGAAUUGCCGCGCAGCGCUGUCGCAAGAGGAAACUGGACUGUAUUCAGAACCUUGAAUCAGAAAUCGAGAAGCUGCAAAGUGAAAAGGAGAGCCUGCUGAAGGAACGAGAUCUCAUCUUGUCCACGCUGGGUGAGACCAAGCAGAACCUGACGGGACUGUGCCAGCAAGUCUGCAAGGAAGCCGCGCUGAGUCAGGAGCAGAUCCAGAUCCUCGCCAAGUACUCGGCCUCAGACUGCCCACUUUCCUUUCUAAUUUCGGAGAAAGGAAAAAGUACUGAUGGUGAACUAGCUUUGCCUUCAGUUUUCAGUGUAUCUGGUGGGCCACCCCCCUGUGGACCAGGGAGCAGCAAGGCAGGCCAGGAACCGGGGCAGGAGUCCCAGACAACCGCGCCAACCACCGCAGCUGCCCUGGAGCAGGCCACACUGUCAGAACCCUGUCGGCAGAGUGGCGGGAUCUCAGACUUCUGCCAGCAGAUGACUGACAAGUGCACUACUGAUGAAUGAACCGCACGCGUCCUCCAGCCGUGGAUUCCUGCUGAAGCGUUGGCGUUGUCUUGAGAGCCGCGCAUGGUCGUGUCUUCUUGCUUUCAGUAGCCUUGCUUCCCCUGGUAGCUUUCUGGAGAGGGAAUUGAGUUUCUCUUCUAAGGUGACCCUGAGUUCUCCUUGGUUUUCACAGGAGACGUGACAUGAUUUACCUCUUGGAAACUGAAAAAUCACAUGUGAAAAUGUAGAGUAAUAAUCUCCCAGUGUUCAAAAUAACUAAGACAGUGAAAACCGCAGGGUCCGCUUCAACAGCUGGCAGCAUCUGCACCCGGUCCUCCUGGCCUGUGGAAGCUUGGUAAACUACCAUUUGACAGAAUAUUGAUCAGAAAGAAAAGUUCUCCCCAAGCAAUGUGGUGGCAAUCGACCCAGAAUAGAUGUGUCAGCACUGAGAGUGUCUGUGUAG